AUGGUGGCAGCAGCAGCAAGCACCGGAAGGUGGAGACCAGUCAGCAGCGGUGGUAGCGAGCUCCGAGGGGCUCCAGGUGGCGGCGGCGGCGGCGGCGGCGGCGGCUGCGGCGGCGAGCUCCGAGAGGUUCCGGUCAGCGGCAGCAGUGGUGGCGGCGGUGAGUUCCGAGAGGCUCUGGGUGGCAGCAGCGUCGGCGAGUUCAGAGCGGCGGCGGUGGUGGCGGCGGCGAGUUCCAAGAGGCUCUGGGUGGCAGCGGCGUCGGCGAGCUCCGAGAGGCUCCGGCUGGCGGCGACGGUGGUGGCUGUGGUUAGCUCUGAGGGGCGGUGGGCAGUGGUGGUGGCGGCGAGCUUCGAGAGGCUCCGGGUGGCAGCUAUGGUGACGAGUGGCGGAGGCGGCGAAGGUGGUGGCAGCAUGUUCCGAGAGGCUCCGGGUGGCAGCGGCGGCGAGCUCCGAGAGGCUCCGGGUGGCAGCUAUGGUGGCGAGCGGUGGAGGCGGCGAAGUCGGUGGCGGCUUGUUCCGAGAGGCUCCGGGUGGCGGCGGCGGAGGUGGUGA